CAGCCAAGUCGACCAGCACCACCACCACCAACCACCUCGUCAAGACCAUCAGCAUCAGCAUCGAUCACCAGCAUCAUCAUGAGCUCUCUCAAUCAGAUCCGACAACGAUUACUGACGAUCCAUCGGGCCAAUACUCCCUCCUCUUGUAGACACGCCUCGACUAAUAGUAAUCCUUCACCGAAAAUUAACGAGCUCACUCAAAAGGCUUCUGAUCUCGCUAACCAGUAUGGAUCCAAGUUACCCGAACUGUCUGAGAAAAUCGGAAAACGUUUCGAUGGAUUGUUGGGCUCAUACAGCCAACCGGUCUCACAAAACUAUCAGUUCACGAAAGAAGUCUUAAAACAAGUCUAUAUUAAGGAAAACUUAGCCCCACCUAAACUCGAACAAAUCAAAUCAUCCUAUCAUGAAAUCUUGAGGAACGUCAGUUCGUUGAACUUUUGGAAGCAAUCCUUGGAGUCCGGCGAUUGGAAAAGGCUGGCUGUUUAUGGUGUCGAAGCUGUCGGCUUGUUCAGUAUCGGAGAGAUGAUCGGUCGACGUCAUAUAGUCGGUUACAAGCUCGAUUAAAGCCUUUACUAGCCAUUCAGAUAGAUAUAAAAUGUUGUGAUUGUGUCCCCCCUCUCUUCCUAACUCCGCCCGUUCUUUGCCGACCUCCAAUGAAUAAAUACCUGCUCCAAAAAAGCCUUGCUGUGUUGACGGCUCUUGUCAAGUAAGACCAUCCACCACGCACUCUCCCUUUCUCUCUCUCUCGCCCCAUCGGGACUGAUAAGUUAUCAUAAAUAUCAGCAUCAAGAAAGGUUCUUGAGAACUUGCUUGUUGUCCUGUUUUCGUUCAUGCUUUGAUCAUGAUCGUCUUCCAUCCCCGAACAAAAGCUCUCCUCAAAAGAAAAAAAGCUACUAUUCCUUAAUAUCUUGCUGUCAAUAACUUUAUGCCCUCAUUGAUCGUUGUAUCAAGAAGAAAAUGAAAGACCAUUUCCAACAAGA